UUUCACCACAGCGGUGGAACAGGAUGAUAGCUGCACAGCUUCUGGCCUACUACUUCACUGAGCUGAAGGAUGACCAGGUCAAAAAGAUCGAUAAGUAUCUGUAUUCCAUGCGUUUCUCUGAUGAAACGCUGCGGGACAUCAUGGCUCGCUUCCGCAGGGAGCUGGAAAACGGACUGGGCCGGGACACCAACCCCACUGCAACCGUCAAGAUGCUGCCCACAUUCGUCAGGUCCAUCCCUGACGGAUCAGAAAAAGGUGACUUCAUCGCCCUGGAUCUGGGCGGAUCAAACUUCCGUAUCCUGCGUGUGAAGGUGUCCCAUGAGAAGAAGCAGACGGUGCAGAUGGAGAGUCAGAUCUACGAGACCCCUGAGGAUAUCAUUCACGGCAGUGGCACUCGGCUGUUUGACCACGUAGCAGAAUGUCUGGGAGACUUUAUGGAGAAACAAAACAUCAAAGACAAGAAGCUCCCUGUGGGUUUCACCUUCUCCUUCCCCUGUGCUCAGUCUAAAUUGGACGAGGGCAUUUUACUGACUUGGACCAAACGCUUCAAAGCUAGUGGAGUGGAAGGAAUGGAUGUGGUGAAGCUUCUGAACAAGGCAAUCAAAAAGCGUGGAGAUUAUGACGCAGAUAUCAUGGCUGUGGUCAAUGAUACAGUGGGCACCAUGAUGACCUGUGGCUUCGAUGACCAGCGCUGUGAAGUUGGUAUAAUUAUAGGAACGGGCACAAACGCGUGUUACAUGGAGGAAAUGAGACACAUUGACCUGGUAGAGGGAGAUGAAGGCAGGAUGUGCAUCAACACAGAGUGGGGUGCAUUCGGAGACGACGGAAUGCUGGAGGACAUCCGCACUGAGUUUGACAGGGAGAUUGACCGUGGAUCCCUGAACCCUGGGAAGCAGCUGUUUGAGAAGAUGGUGAGUGGGAUGUACAUGGGGGAGCUGGUGAGGCUGAUCCUGGUGAAAAUGGCGAAGGAGGGGCUGUUGUUUGAGGGGCGCAUCACGCCAGAGCUGCUUACCAAAGGCAAAUUUGAAACAAAGCAUGUUUCAGCCAUUGAGAAGAGUAAGGAAGGUUUGUCCAAAGCCAAGGAGAUCCUGACACGCCUUGGUGUGGAGCCAUCAGCAGACGACUGCAUUGCUGUGCAGCACGUGUGCGCCAUCGUCUCCUUCCGUUCCGCCAAUCUCAUCGCGACCACACUGGGCGCAAUCCUCACCCGCCUGAAAGACAACAAGAACGUCCCACGUCUGCGCACCACCGUGGGCAUCGAUGGUUCACUCUACAAAAUGCACCCACAGUAUUCCCGGCGUCUCCAUAAGACUGUGCGUCGUCUUGUGCCUGAGUGUGACGUCCGUUUCCUGCUCUCAGAGAGCGGCAGUGGGAAAGGUGCCGCCAUGGUAACGGCCUGGGCCGCCCGUCUGGCUGACCAGACGCGCCAGAUCGCCGAGACGCUGGCGGAGUUCCGUCUGACCCAGGAGCAGCUGCUGGAGGUGAAGAAAAGGAUGAGGACGGAGAUAGAGAACGGCCUGAGUAAGAAGAGCCAAGACACUGCCACUGUGAAGAUGCUCCCCACUUAUGUCCGCAGCACCCCAGACGGAACAGAAAAUGGGGACUUUUUGGCUCUGGAUCUGGGUGGUACCAACUUCAGGGUGUUGCUGGUAAAGAUUCGCAGUGGCAAGAGGCGCACAGUGGAAAUGCAUAACAAAAUCUAUGCCAUUCCAAUAGAGGUCAUGCAGGGGACAGGCGAGGAGCUAUUUGAUCAUAUCGUGGCCUGUAUUUCUGACUUCCUGGAUUAUAUGGGGAUGAAGAAUGCACGUCUGCCCCUGGGGUUCACCUUCUCUUUCCCCUGUCGACAGACCAGCCUGGAUGCCGGUAUUCUCGUAACCUGGACAAAGGGUUUCAAAGCCACAGACUGUGAGGGAGAGGAUGUCGUUAGUCUACUGAGAGAGGGAAUUAAACGAAGAGAGGAGUUUGAUUUGGAUGUCGUUGCCAUUGUAAAUGACACGGUUGGGACUAUGAUGACCUGUGCAUAUGAGGAGCCGUCGUGUGAGGUGGGCUUGAUCGCAGGAACUGGCAGCAAUGCGUGCUAUAUGGAGGAAAUGAGGAACAUUGAGACUGUGGAUGGGGACGAGGGGAGGAUGUGUGUGAACAUGGAGUGGGGGGCGUUUGGAGACAACGGUUGCCUGGACGACAUUAGGACAGAAUAUGACAGAGCUGUGGAUGACCUCUCCCUCAAUGCUGGAAAACAAAGGUACGAGAAGAUGUGCAGUGGGAUGUACCUGGGCGAGAUUGUCCGAAACAUCCUGAUCGACUUGACCAAGCGUGGCUUCCUCUUCCGUGGCCAGAUCUCCGAGACCCUGAAGACGAGGGGCAUCUUUGAGACCAAGUUCCUGUCCCAGAUUGAGAGUGACCGUCUGGCGCUACUGCAGGUGAGGGCCAUCCUGCAGCACUUGGGUCUGGACAGCACAUGUGAUGACAGUAUAAUUGUAAAGGAGGUGUGUGGUGCUGUGUCUCGCCGUGCGGCCCAGCUCUGUGGAGCCGGAAUGGCUGCCGUGGUGGACAAGAUUCGUGAAAACCGAGGGUUAGAUCAUCUUGACAUCACCGUGGGAGUGGAUGGCACACUUUACAAACUCCAUCCACACUUUUCCCGGAUCAUGCACCAGACUGUGAAGGAACUGGCUCCAAAGUGUAACGUCACCUUCCUGCUGUCAGAGGACGGGAGUGGGAAAGGCGCCGCCCUGAUCACGGCCGUCGGCUGUCGUCUGCGUGAACAAGAACAGAAGAGCUGAACCAUGUUGAAAGCAUUCUCUUUCCCCAUAUCUCUCUAUCUCUCUCUCUCUAUACUGAGAGCAUAUAUGUAUUUACUAGGCGCCGUGACUCAACAUUUCCCCUCAUCUAAUGUCCCAUGCUUCCAUUCCCAAAGCGCAGUAGAAAGGAAUGGACACUGUCAUUGCUUUGUCUUUCUCUUCUUUCAAAUUACUUGUCGGUGUGAAUCAUUGUUUGUGUCUGUGUGUGUGUGGAAGGGGAUGGGCUGUCCUUCUUGAUCAACUAUAGAUGUUGUAACACUGCUGUAGAUCUUUCUAUGGAUGUAUAUUAGC